AUGACAGUUGCCCUUCAUACCAUAGGAACCCAUAACCGUCUUAUCCAUGCAAAAACUGUACGGAAGAGAUUGCUGGAAGUUGGUCUGCAGGCACACCACCUGGUUGUAGGUCUGCCACUUACCAUUGCUCGUCGCCAGCGGCGGUACAAAGCUAUGCUUGUCUCGGUGCUGGCCAGCGUCCAUGAUGGUCUUUCGGGUGUCUCCGGUGUCCCGAUGAAACAAUAUCGUGACCACCCAUGCAUGCGACCAUGUGCCAUCAACUCACCAAUGAUCUGCGAGUAUGAUUUUACUGCGGAAUACUUCUACACACUCGGUAAAGCCUGUGGUGACUGUCCACAUAACGUCAUGGACUGCUACAGACCAGAAUGCAUUGCAGCCGACGGUAAUCCCCGUGCAAUCUUUGUCAUCAACAGGAUGUUGCCUGGUCCAGCUAUUCACGUUUGUGAGGGAGAUACUGUGCUGGUAAACCUUCACAACAAAAUGGCCGGCGCCGGUAUGUCAAUCCACUGGCAUGGACUUCUACAACACGGUACUCCCUAUAUGGACGGAGUCGGCAUGCUCACUCAGUGUCCAGUACCGGCUUUCUCUACGUUCCAAUACCGAUUUAACGUCACCAAUUCUGGAACCCAUUUCUGGCACGGCCAUCUCGGACUACAUCGAUCUGAUGGGAUAUUUGGACCAUUUAUUGUUCGUCAAGCCGCAGAGCGCGAGGUCCAUAGCGGUCUCUAUGACUACGACCUUCCCCAACAUACCAUGCUCGUCAAUGAUUGGUUAAUGGAAUUAACUGUGGACAGGUUCGCACACCACUAUCAAGCCCAGGGCGACAAUAAACCCGCUUCAAUACUCAUUAACGGCAGGGGAGCACACCGUAUUUUUUACGACCGUGAACAUGAUGAGAACAUGACAACACCUUAUGAAGUGUUCCAUGUCAAGCCGGGGUUGCGCUACAGAUUCCGUAUUAUCAGCAAUGGGAUACUGCAUUGUCCAAUACAGCUGUCUAUUGACAACCACACCCUCCAAGUCAUCAGCAGUGACGGUAAUCCAUUUCAGCCGAUUGACGUAGAGAGUAUUAAUAUAUUCGCCGGUGAACGGUAUGAUAUAGUCAUCUUAGCUAACCAGACAGUGGACAAUUAUUGGGUCAGGGCACGAGGACUGGGAGACUGUUCCUUCAAGGAUACUUAUCAACAAGCCAUUAUCCGAUACGAUGGAGCGGGGGAAAAACUGCCGAAUCGUCCUACAGGACACCAAUUCGGAGCGCGUGAAGGAAAGAAACUAAAUCCUUGGAACAAAAAGGAGACAGAGACACUUAUUCCAGUAACACAUCUCGAGAAUUUACGCCCGUCGGACAAAUCACUUGAGGAAACUCCAGACAAGAAGUUCUACCUGGCGAUGGACUUUAACUUCGUUAACAACUUUAACCUUUAUGUAGAACGUGACCAUGUUUCUGCUUCGACUGUCGUGGACCCUACUAAGUACGAAUUGACCCCACAGAUUAACCACAUCAGUACUAUCCUCCCACCGUCUCCCCCACUGUCACAAUUCCAUGAUAUCCCACAGGAGAUGUUCUGUAACGCCGACACCAUACAAAAGAACUGUUCUCAGGAAUAUUGUGAGUGUGUUCACGUGAUAAAGGUAGACCUGAACGAUACAGUAGAACUGAUCGUCAUUGAUGAAGGAAAGUACUGGGAUGCUAACCACCCGAUGCAUCUCCAUGGCAACAAGUUUAGGGUGAUAGGCAUGGACAGGCUCAACAAUUCCACGACCCUUGAGGAGAUAAAGAAACUGGACAGUGAAGGCAAAUUAAUGAGGAAUUUUACCUCCCCGGUUGAUAAAGACACAGUUACCGUUCCUGACGGGGGCUAUGUUAUUCUCCGUAUCCAUGCCAACAAUCCAGGGUUCUGGUUUAUGCAUUGUCACAUUGAGUUCCACGCCGACCUAGGUAUGGGAUUUGUGCUACAAGUCGGUGAUCUUGACCAGAUGCCUCCCCCACCUACAAACUUUCCCCGGUGUGGCAGCUGGUCUAACAAGUAA